ACUGGUGAGAAGCCAUUUAAGUGCAAGCAUUGUGUCAAGACGUUUAGCCAAGCGGAAGAACUGAAAAGACACGAAAGAACACACAGUGGUGGGAAGCCUUUUAAGUGGAAGCAAUGUAACAAGGCCUUUAGCCGGGCAGGAAGUAUGAAAGCACAUGAAAGAAUGCACACUGGUGAGAAGCCAUUUAAGUGCAAGCAAUGUAACAAGGCCUUUACCCAGGCAGGAAAUCUAAAAGUACAUGAAAGAACACACAGUGGUAAGAAACCGUUUAUUUGCAAUCAUUGUGUCAAGGCGUUUAGCCAAGCAGGAAAUCUAAAAAGACAUGAAAGAACACACAGUGGUAAGAAACCAUUUAAUUGUAAUCAUUGUGUCAAGGCGUUUGGCCAGGCAGGAGAUCUGAAAAGACAUGAAAGAACACACAGUGGUGAGAAGCCUUUUAAGUGCAAGCAAUGUGACAAAGCCUUUAGCCAGGCAGGAAGUCUGAAAGCACAUGAAAGAAUACACACUGGUGAGAAGCCUUGUAAGUGCAAGCAGUGUAACAAGGCCUUUAGCCAGGCAGGAAGUCUGAAAGCACAUGAAAGAAUACACACUGGUGAGAAGCCUUUUAAGUGCAAGCAGUGUAACAAAGCCUUUAGCCAGGCAGGAAGUCUGAAAGCACAUGAAAGAAUACACACUGGUGAGAAGCCUUUCAGGUGCAAGCAGUGUAACAAGGCCUUUUGUUGGAGGACAUCUGUUAAAAAACACGAAGAAAGACACCGUUGUUGGAUUUGUCUUAGGAUGAUUACGACCAAGCCGUUGCUUCUUCAACAUUAUGAUGACCAUACGAGAUUACUGGACCUAGCGUCGUAAAUUUUAUCAACGUACUCAAAUUGUGACUUAACUGUGUAGAAUGAUUUAUUAAUAUUUCCUUGUAAAUUUGAGCUAAUCAACCAAAUGUUAUAUGAAUUUGGAUCUGGGUCAUUUUCAUGGUUGCUAAAAGGAACUUUCCUAAUCAUUUAAAGUGUUACUGUUCUUCCUAGUUGAUAGCAUGUUAGACCUCUCAACACUAAAUAGAAAAUCAAAUUAAAUACAUAGUUGCUUUGUUUCGAAUAACGCGAAAAUUAAAGUAAGAUGUUAUUACAAGGCUAUUUUUCAAGGCUUGUAGAAAGUCUAGUGUGUUAGUAUGUUCCACACAAAACACUAUUGAGUUUUGUUAAAAGAGGCAAGUUUGUUCAAGAAGGAGUUGAACAACGAUUUUUUUUUACGAAAAGUUCAAAAGUUAUGCUGUUUACAGCGAAUCAUUUGCACCCUUUAAGCCAUUGUAAGUUAUUUUCUGGGAAGCGCGCGCGCACUGCAUGGUAGUAGUUUUAGUUUCUGGUCUGAUUGGCGCAUUUAGUGGUGGCAGACUCCUUGGACAUUUAAGGUGUUUUCUUAAAAAAGAAACCUUAAACAGACAAGGAUAGAGUUCUUUAACAUUUACAGUCAAGCAUCCAUUUGUGUGUUUUAACCAUUUGUUAAAAAAUUCCGUUUCAGUUUCUCGUUUCAUUGAUGCUUUUAGGGAUUGGAGAUCCUCAAGAACCUUUUUCCUUGAAAAAGGUACCAAGACGUUUGCUAUGGUGUCAAUCAUUUGCAAAGAGUUGAGAUUUUGAACCUUUUUUGUUCUCGACUCAUAAAGUUUGUGGCCGAAUUACAGCGAAGCAAAGCAAACAUAAAUUGCGGUACCAAGACGUUUGCUAUGGUGUCAAUCAUUUGCAAAGAGUUGAGAUUUUGAACCUUUUUUGUUCUCGACUCAUAAAGUUUGUGGCCGAAUUACAGCGAAGCAAAGCAAACAUAAAUUGCGGAUUUGUUAUACGAGAGCCUCUUGGUUUGGAGAUAUACUGCGUUGUGUGUAAGUACUUUCCCUGUUAACGAGUGGCCUUUAUAAGAAAUGUUCAAGUGUAACAACAUGAUUUUAGCGAUAAGGCCUCACGGAAGUGGGUUAUUCGUUACUUGCAAAGCAGCUUUUUGUGCGGCCUUAUCUUCAUAUAUAAUAAGUUGAGUUUUUGGCAUUCUUUAUUAACCGAUAUGGUUUUGAGGCAGUUCUUUUUAUCGGCCAUCUUCCCAGUAAUCACAUCAUUGUAGAUGAUUCUGAUCACUGGCGUCAUUACAUCAGAGGUUAAAUUUUGAGGCAGCAUUGUUAAUAUUUUUUUAAUAUUUAGGAGCGGUGUUGGGUUUGGAACCGUGGCGCUUAUUUUUCUUUGUACCCUUGUUUUGUAGACGUGUUACUCUCAUAACAAAGAAAAAAAAAUAUUACUUUGUGGUUCCGUGUUUAAGUCUCUUUCAGCUUAUGGUUAUUGUUACGUUCAUUUUGCGCCAAAAUAGAAAAUAUAGUGUUUAGUUUGAAGUAAAUUGCUCUCUGGACUAUUAUGUUCUACAUGUUAAACAGUUUAGAAAGUAUUAAAAUUUGCGUCACGAGUUUCCCUUUGUUUGCUUUGUGUAUCGGAAAUACGUUUCAUUUUCCUGCCCCUGGUUGUUGAAACGUUGGAUAGUGCUUUCCACCGGAUAAAUCAUUGUCCAAUGGAUAAGUAUUAAUGGAAACAAUUACAUUAUGCACUAGAGAUCUUUGUCUAGUGGAUAGCGCUUGAACACUGGGUCCUGAAGUGAUCAUUGAAUUCAUUAAAUUAAUCCCACAGUACUAGGAGUCUUUUUUCGUUAGACACCCAUCCAGUUCCUAACCCCACGCAAAAAGGGUUACUUAAUUUUAGUGGUAUACGAGACACGCGAGGUUUUGCAAGGAUAAGGACCUCGAGUUAGGCUCGAUUUCCGCCGUUCUCUCGGUCCUCCCCGAGUAGAGACGGCUGGACACGUGAGUGGCCUGUCGUGGGCUGUGACGUAAAUUCAAAAUUUUAAUUUAUGCGUCGUUACCAAACAUCGGAAAUGAGAAAUUUCAUUAAAUACCGAACAAAUGUUGUACUUUGCCUCGUCGUCGCUUUGUCAUUUGCCAUGAAAUUCAGCAUAAAAAUCAACAGAAACACGUACGGAUUGUAUUCUUUCACUUAAACCCGUGUGUUCUGCUGUCUGUUCAGGGGAGGAGCGUGGGCUCAUUUUGCGAACAGCGGCUGGUAAUUGAGCCUACUCUGGUAUAAGGCGUACAGAAACUCCAUACUGAUGACGUCACAUCACUCAGAUUCGACUGGUCAGGAAGCGUGAGAAAUUUGCUUGAACCAGUCGGAUGCAUUAGAUCUAGGUAGUGAUAUUUCGUCUGCAGUCUUUCCUUAAACGUCUUCUCGCAGGGAAACCAGUGGUGGCGUCACGAAAUGUCAGCUGUUUUCUCAGUCUAGAAUCAGUCUGUCUACUAUGCUGGAGAGCAAGGGACGUACUGGGACAACACAAACAAAGAGCUGACAUCAUAUAAAAUAGCAAUUUCCGUCGGUUUGGUUGUCCCAGUACAUCUCUUGUUCAACAGUAUGGCAAUUUUGUACCACGUGAACCGCUAGCUGUAAACAGCCUGUUUAUGGGACAAAUUUCAGCUAAAAUUUGCUGUUGUGAGGCUUUUGACGUCACAUGUAGCCAACCCCUCCCCUCACCCCACAAACAACGUUGAAGGCGAUUUACGACAACCAGAAAUUACAGGAAUCACGAAUAUUGUAUCACUUUCCCAAGGCCUUUUGUGCAGGAUUGUAGGUUCUCAACACCACGCCAGCAGAGCUUCAUUGGCUGAGGAGGAGAAAUGGAGGUUCUGCUUGAAUCACGUCAAACCUUUGAUGUCGCCUCGGUCCCAACUUCUGGACUAGUCAAUCUUGUUUGCUCUCGUCAAACUGUUUUUUUUUUCCGAGUUCGAGCAUCCAUUUAUGGUUAAACCAAUCGUCAUAGCAGAGUCUGCUGAAGCAAGUGCACCACUAAAGGCCUGGGUUCGAAACUACAACUUAGAAAAGUACCGGGCAUGCUUCCUUGAUUCAUGCAGAAUCGUUCACAAGUACAAGUACGCCAAAAUCAAGCAAGCGAAAGAAAGGCUCUGCUGGCAGGAUGAUUCUUAACAGAAGAAAGGUGAAUUAAACAAAGAUUCGCCCUGAUAUUUAUUUUUAUUUUUGGGACAAAUCGCGAUACUAGUCCUUGAGUAGAUCCUCAAGGAACAGCAUAGAACUGAGCGAGCGAAAACUGUUCCUGAGGUAUAAUAUUCGUACUUCAUGCCUAUUGUCCCCGGGAAACUAAGUUAUGGGGGGAAACAGCGACUGCCAGGACAAUGGGCAUGCCGAAUAAUGAGGGUAUGCGAGAUCAACCGCCACUAGGGGAGGUGGGAGCGGCGAAACUUUGAAGUCACUUCAACUGAACUCCGUUGAACUGGAUAAGAAGCGGGCAAAAACCGAGCGAUUCUAACCAAGGACAGCAAUGCAUCAUGGUACCAGCGCGCAGGCCCAACACGACGGAAUUUAAACGACUUACUCAUUUCUUGCGUCACAGGCCAAUUAUGUAUGCAGUGAGAAUAAUUAUUAUAUUGAGGUGCACUGGAAGUAUCAAUGAACCAUGAGCGACUCGUAUUAACUCUAUGUGAUGGUGAUGUGAUCUAUUUCAAAUUCACACAUUAUUCCUUAUACCUUAAACAGCUUGAGGAAGACUGAAUUAUCAGUGAGGAUUUGAAUUAUAGUUGUUUUGUGUCGCGGUGGUUUCUCCCCUUUCGUAGCGCAGCGUCCGGCCUGGAGAAACCACUGCUCGCAGGGUAUUCAAUUGUCUGAUAUUAAAAAAGAUUCUUUUUGAGAAACGAAGGAAAGCCACUCGGAAAUUGCCCUCACAUUCAAAAUAAAACGGUACAGUAACAUAAUUUUUGCAUUUGCCAAAGAUUUAUGACCUCUGCCAAAUGAUUGUAAUCAAAAAGUGUCACUGUAUGUUGCUGUUAACGUAGUUCUCGCUCUAUUCUUCAGUACAUAAGACAAAGUACUUGCAUGGCUGAGUUUUAGAAAGAUCUACGUCCUUAAGACGAGUGCGACAAAUUACUGACUUAAAUUUCCUUCCAACUGUAAGCUAGCCCAGUGGAUUUUGAGACACACAUUUCCCGUCCAGUGUAUUCUUAGCCGAUUUUGAAACGCAAAUUUCCCUUUCCUAAUUUGAGCCCUUCCAAAAAUAACCCCCUCAAAAAAGGCGCUUAUUUUCGGAAUUUUACGGUAUUUUGCGAAUGGUAAAAUCAUUUAUCGGAAAACCUAGUCUGUGCCGUAUUUACUCGAUAAAAUGCCGUCCUCGAUUACAGUCAAGACAAGUCGGGCGUUCCCCCAGGAUCGCGUUAAUGAAGCGAUUAUUUACAAAACGAAUCCGUUAGUCGUUGCCGCAACCAGUCUCAAAUUCACAUCUGUCUUCCUGCAUACGUGUAAUGAAUAAUGACCCUUUAAGGUAACUCCUUUGUGGUCGCUUUCACCGAUUUCUACCGUUUCUUUUAAAGGAUCCGUUUGCGUAGAAGUUUUAACCAGUUUCUAUGGUAGGUUCUUCGUUGAAGAAGGACAGUUUAUCAAGUACACACCCUCCACAUUGUCCCUUCACUUAGGCAGCCAUUUUAUUCAUUUAUUGACCCGGCCUCGCUUUGGUGCUGAAUCUUCCGGAAGUCAACCAGGUUACCAGAAACUGUUUCCGCAUGGUCUGCAUAGUUCUAAAAAUAACUUUUUUGGGAUUAAGAUAUCCCAAAGGCGUGACUGGGAGUGUCCCUCUCUGUCCUAUUAUGGCUCUUGAUAGGGGGUAUCAAAAAUGUAGUUGCUUUGUUUCAAUUAACGCGAAAAUUUAAGGAAAAUUUUAUUACAAGGCCAUUGUUCAAGGCUUGUAGAAAGUGGAGUGUGAAAAAAGGUUCCACACAAAACUCUAUUUGAGUUUUUUUUAAAAGUGGCAAGCUUUUUUAAGCAGGAGUCGAACCAGGAUUUCUUUUAAGAAAAGUUCAAAAGUUAUGCUUUUUAUAGCGAAUCAUUUAUUCCGUUUACCGCGAUUACAAGUUAAUUUCUGGGAAGCUCGCGACCCUUGUGUGGUAGUAUUUUCAAUGUUAGUUUCUGGUUUGAUUGGUGCAUUUAGUGGUGGCAGACUGCUUGAACACUUAAGACACUUUACCUGUUUUCUGUAAAUAGACGAGGAAAGAGUUUCUUAACAUUUACAGUCUAGCGUCAAUUGUUGUGGUUUCGAUCAUUUGCAAAAAAGUUCAGUUCAGUUUCUUGUUUGAUUGAUGCUUUUAGGGAUUGAAGACCCUCAGGAGCCUCCUGUUUUGUUGUCGUUAAAAAAGUAACAAGACAGUUCUUAUGGUGUCAAUCAUUGGCAAAACGUUUACAUUUGGAACUUUUUUGUUUUCGGCUCAUAUAGUUUGUGGCCGCAGCAUAGCGAAGCAAAAGAAGCAUAAAUUGUGGAUGUUUUGUACGGGAGACUAAUGGUUUGGAGACAUACUGCGUUAUGUGUAAGAACGUUCCCUGUUGACGAGUGGCCUUUAAAGCAAAUUUUUUCACGCAUGGGGUGCCACAGGGUAGCAUUCUAGGGCCUCUGUUGUUUGUGAUUUACAUAAAUAACUUGCCAAAUGUGCUUAACUCCUGCAACGCGUCACUUUAUGCAGACGACACUGUAAUUUAUUGCUAUGGUACAUCCUCAAAGGAGUUGAGUGAUAAGUUAAAUAACGAUCAACUGGGUGUGGCGAAAUGGCUUCAUGAUCACAAACUGACUUUAAAUUUGGACAAAACUAAAUGCAUGCUCAUCGGUAGUAAUAGGAAACGCGAAAGCAAAGUAGAUUUGACUGUUUCAAUUUUAGAUCAUAGUAUAAGUAAUGUUUGCAGCUUUAAAUACCUCGGUAUACAUAUAUCUUCGGAUUUCACAUGGACUGAUCAUAUUGAACACCUAACUGGGAAAAUCAAUCAGAGGCUUGGGCUUCUCAAGCGUAUAAAGCAUUUAUUGCCUUUCAGGGCGCGUCUACUUUUCUAUAAAAGUCUUGUUAUGCCCCUUUUUGAAUAUGCUGAUCUAGUAUGGGGCGAUAAACAUAAUAUUACCCUUAUGUCUAGUUUGCAAGUUUUGCAAAAUAAGGCCGCUAAAGUUAUUUUAAAUAGACCAUUGUACUCAUCCUCCACUGAGGCAUUAGCCGUUCUCAAGUGGCUGCCUCUAGAGAAAAGGCGAUUUCAAAGAAGGUGUGUACACGUAUACAAAUGCAUCAAUGGCCUAAUUAAUCACGAUAUGGACUUGAUUAGACAAGACGUACUUCAUAGGCAUAAUACACGUAACAAAGGCAAUUUUAGAUUACCACGUGUCAAAAGAAAUUGGGGGAAGCAAAGAACACAAUAUCAUGCCGUUUCCGAUUUUAACUCCCUCAGUCAGACGAUCAAAGACUCAAGGAAUGUAAAUAGUUUUAAACGUAAUGUUUUUAAGUUUUUAAUAUAGCUACUUACGUUUAAUUUUUACUUAUACUUAUUUUUAAUUUUUUAUGCAUUUUUUGUAUCUUUUUAAUCCCUUUGCAAUUUUAUAGCUUUUUUUGUUUUUAUAAUAUAUAUCUAGUUUUGAGGUCCUUUUUGAAAACCAUAUCUUUUAUGAAAAAGUUUCCUCAAUAAAGAUGAUUAUUAUUAUUAUUUAAAAGUGUAACAAAACGAUUUUAGCGAGGAGGCCUCACGAAAGUGAGAGUUAUUCGUUACUCGCAAAGCAGCUGUUUCUGUGGCCUUAUCCUUAUAAUAAGGUGUUUUUUGGCAUUCCUUAUUAACUGUAAAAGUGUUGAGGCAGUUCUUUUUAUCGGCCAUUUUUCCAGUAAUCACAUCAACAUAGAUGGUUAUGAUCACUGGCGUCAUUACAUCAGUGGUUAAUUUUUGAGGCAGCAUUGUCGUUAAUAUUUUUUAUAUAUUUAGGAGCGGUGUUAGAAUUGGAACUUUGACGCUUGAAAUUUUUAUUUGUACCCUCAUCUCGUAGACGUGUCGCUUUCGUGACAAAGGAAAAUAUUUUUCGUGGUUCCGUUUUUAAGUCUCUUUUAGCUUAUGUUUAUUGUUAUGUUCAUUUUGCUAAAAAAUGGAAAGUACAGUGUUUGGUUUGAAGUAAAAUGCUCUCUAGACUAUUAUGUUUUACAUAUUAAACAGCCUAGAAAGUGUUGAUAUUUGCGCCACGAGUGUGUAUCGGAAAUGCGUUUGAACUGUAUUUUUUUUUAUCGUCAAAGCGUUUCUUAUUUUCCUGCCUUCGGUUGUCCAAACGUUGGAUAGUGCUUUCUACCAGACGAAUCACUAUCCAAUGGAUAAAUAUUCGGGGAAACAAUUACGUUAUGCACUAGCGCUAUCCAGUGGAUAGCGCUUGAACGCUAGGGCCUAAAGUGAUCAUUGAAUUCAUUAAAUUAAUCCCACAACCUUGGCCGUUGCUUUUACAGUACUAGGAGUGUUUAGAAUAUAUUCUCGGUUGACAACCCAUCCAGUGCCUGACCCCACUCGGAAAGGGUUACUUAACUUUAUUGGCAUACGAGACACGCAAGGUUUUUCGUGAUAAGGACCUCGAGUAUUAGGCUCGAUUUUCGCCGUUCUCUCGGUCCUCCCCGAGAAGAGACAGCUGGACGCGUGAGUGGCCUAUCGUGUCUGUGACGUAAAUUCGAAAUUUUAAUUUAUGCGUCGUUACCAAACAUCGGAAAUGGGAAAUGUAAUUAAAUACCGAAGAAAUGUUGUUCUUUACUUUAUUGUCGCCUUGGUAUUUACUAUAAAAAUCAGCAGAAACGCGUACGGAUUGUAUUUACAUCGAUCUUGCAUUACCGAUGGACUUGACAGUCGUCUCUUUCACGUUAGCUGUCAAUAACUAUAGUUGCGGUUGGUUGAACUUCAAAAUCAUACCUACCAUUUGCCAGUUUCUCUAAGCUAAUACUUUUCUUUGUAAAUAUUUUAGGCUUUAAGCUUAAAACGCCCUUAAACACGAUAGCGCGCCACAUCAAACAACAAAUUUACAUCCUUCGUUUGAAUUGUGUUGUAGGAAAAUAAAUAUAUGUUACCUGCUCGAUUUGAGCAGGUAACGAUCUGGCCCCGGUUGCUUGAAAAAUGGUUAACUCUUGACCAAUGGUUAAAAGUUAACCGAGGGUUAGUUUCGGUUGCUCGAACGCUGGUUAGUGUUAACCAAGGGUUAAAUUUUUUGUAACCAUGCGUUAAAUUUAACGUACCUGGCUACUAGUGUUCACUUGUUAACCAUCGGUUAAAAUGACGUGUGUUGCAAAAUCCGUGAAACAAAAUGGCAGUUGAUUUGCUUUUUCGCUUCAUUUUGUUAGUAGUUGUGUUAGUAAACUUUGAUUUCAGUACUGCUUGAGUUACUUCAAACCUUUGAGCUAUUAUAAUUGCAACUUCUUGCGCUGAAAAAUUUGGUUUUCGUUUAAGCACGCGCUUUUAUUGAUAGCAGGGACUUCAACAGCUUCAAGUUAAAGCAAAGAAUUUUCGGCACCAUUUUACUGUUAAAAGUGAACAGAAUAUAGAGCUUUAGCAUCGACGACGGUGAAGGCGCGAAAAGGUCACUGUUAACGUGAAUUCGCGCUUUUUCAUUCGCUUUGUCGCAUUUAUUCCAAUUCGCUGAAAAUGUCAAAUGUAGGAGAAUUUCCCUGGAGUUGAUUUCUUGGAGACCGCACUUAGUUUAGAGAGAGAAAGAAAAGUUCGUUGUCGCUUGUUAACGUCCUCCAUAAAAAAAUGAAAUUAGGCAUUUUCACGUCGUAGUCGUGCAGUGACGGCAUAGAAAUGUACAAAACAGCGUGAUGCGCUUGCAAAGUUGUUGUUUUAUUAAUCUAAACCUAUUCCUUUCUUGACGUUCUCGUUACUGUCGCCUUCGUCGUUGCUAUUAGGGACCUUACGAUCCGACAACGGCGACGUCCAUAAAAACCUCGCUGAAAAAUAGACUCCGAAUCCUUUCAAAUCAUUUCGCGAUUAUCCCAAGUCGCCCAGCUACUUAAAAGAAGGGAAUUUAUAUAAGCGCUGAAGAGAGGGUCCGCACCCGAGUUCAGACAGAGAUGGUAGAAUUUAUCGCCUUGCCGUUCCAGUCCUCAAAAAAGCUUUAAAUUUGCUCAUUUCACGUUGUAGUCGCGCAGGGACGGCAAAGAAAUGUACAAAAAAGCGUGAUGCACGUGCAGAGUUGUUGUUUUGCUAAUCUAAACCUAUUGCUUUCUGACGUUGCCGUUGCCCUCGCCGUCGUAGUUUCGUAAGGUCCCCAUUAAAAGCUCCCUUAAACCUUUCGUUGGAAAAACUUAUCAGACCUGUUUGGAGAUGGUUAAAGUCUGGUAUAUUUUAUUAAACCAUUGGUUAGCUAACGACGGAUUAGCGUUUGCUUAACAGACCUUCGAGCAACGGGAAUUUAACUAACAGUUAGUUAACCCACGGUUAGCAAAUUUAACCAACCGUUACCAACUAACAUAUGGUUAAAUUAACCAUCUUUCGAGCAACCGGGGCCUGAUUGGUGGUACUUGACAACAGCAAACUCAUGCAUCCAGCCGGCUGUUCGGAGGAGGAACGUGGGCUCAUUUGACAAACAGCGGCUGGUAAUUGAACCUGCUCUGGUAUACGACUUACAGAAACUCCAUACUGAUGACGUCACGCCACCCAGAUAAGACUGGUCAGGAAGUGUGGGAAAUUUGCUUGAACCAGUCUGAUGCAUCAGGUCUCGGUACUGAUGCGUUGUCUGCGGUCUUUCCUUAAACGUCUUUUCGCAGCGAAGCAAGUGGUAGCGACACAAAAUGUCGGCUGUUUUCUCAGUCUAGAACUGAAUCAGUCUGUCUACUAUGCUGGAGAGCAAGGUACGUACUGGGACAACACAAACAAAGAGCUGACAUCAUUUAAAAUGGAAAUUUCCCUCGUUUUUGUUGUCCCAGUACAUCUCUUGUUCUCCAGUAUGGCAAUUUUGUACCACGUGAACCGCUAGCUGUAAACGGCCUCAUGUUCAUGGGACAAAUUUCAGCUAAAAUUUGCCGUUGUGAAGCUUUUUCAAUUCAAAUGUGGCCAACCCCUCCCCUCAACCCACAAGCGACGUUGAAGGCAAUUUACGACAACCAGAAAUUAAAUUACGUUAUUCCUUAUACCUUAAACAGCUUGAGAAAGACUGACUUAUCAGUGAGGAUUAUAUUUGAAUUAUAGUUGUUUUGUGCCGCAAUGGUUUCUCUCCUUUCCUAGCGCAGCGUCCGGCCUGGAGAAACCACUGCUCGCAGGGUACCCAAUUGUCUGAUAUUUAACAAAGGCUUUUUUUGAGGAACGAAGAAAAGCCCUAAUUGAAAUUGAUUGUACUCGGAAAUUGCCCUCAAAUUCAAAAUAAAACAAGGCAAAAACUGUACAGUAACACAUUAAUGUUUGUAUUUGCCAAAGAAAUACAGUCUAACCUCUCCUUACGGACACCUCUCUAUUACGGACAGUUCGUUUGGUCCCAGAAAUACUAAAAAUCACACAUUCCCUACCUCUAUAAUACAGACACCUCUGUAAAGCGGACACUUGGCUCUGUCCCUUUGGUGUCCGUAUUAAAGAGGUUUGACUGUAUUACUUGGGCAAAAUGAUUUUAUAAAGGAAAUAAAGGGAGAUGUAAAGAAUCAACCAUAAGAGGACACAGAAAAAAAAUCUGAGACCCAGAUGGGAUUCGAACCCGCGACCCUCCGUGUUCUAGAUCGGGUGCUCUAACCUCUGAGCUACUGAGGACUCGUUGGCGAGCAAGGGUCAUUUUUGUGGGUUGGACUUACGAACCGCAUCUCACAGUCACUCAGUCCAUCGCAAGCAACACAUUAAGGCUUAACUGUAUCACACGUUCACAUUAAUAGUAAGAAAUGUCUCACUCAUGAAGGAGCCUUUUUUCUUUUAUAAUAUAAAUAUCAGUGGCAUAGGUUGGUCAAAUGAUUGUAGUCAGAAGGUUUUACAGUAUUUUGCUGUUUGCGCAGUUCAGUUUUCAGUCUUGGCUUUGAUUUCCUCGGUACAUGUAGAAAACGUACUUGCCUGGUUGAGUUUUAGAAAGAUCUACGUCCUCAAAGCGAGUUUCAGUAAAAAAUUGCCACAAAUUACCGACAAAAAUUACCCUUCCAACUAUAAGCUAGCCCAGUGGAUUUUAAGACGCACAUUUCCCUCCCCAGUAUAAACGCAGCCGAUUUUGAAAGGUAAAUUUCGCUCUACGAAUUAAGCCCUUCCAAAAAUAAGCCCCUCAAAAAUAUAAGCCCCGGGGAUUAUUUUCGAAAUUUUACGGUAUUUUCCAAAAUGUAAAAUACGUUUAUCGCAAAACUAGCGUAGGUGUAAAGGGCCAACAGUAUGAAUUAAGAGAAAUAAGCCGAUAGCAAAAAAAAUAUGAAAAGAAAUCAAACAAUGUAUUUAAACUGAGGUGGUUCGAUUGGGUUUCUUUAAUAUAUAGUUGUAGCCUCCAAACCUCUGUUUGAAACUAAACCAUCGAAGCGCGGUACGAAAUUGAUUUAUUUUAUUUAUUUUUUGUCAACAUAAUAUAAAUACAAAUACAAAUACAUAAGGGUGAUCAAACAAAAUAACAAAGAAAAAGUGGCCAGGAUUCCGCAACAGCGUGAGCCAAUUACUGCGGGCCCAGAAAAUUAAAACAAUAGAAUAUUUAAAAUACAGUGAAACCUCUAGCCUGCGCGCAGACGAAAUUAAACUCUGGUUAGCCGAAAAGAGAUCUAACUAAAGUGAGAUAAACCGAUCGCAUAACUUCAGUGCUUCGUGUAAAUCCUGUAUUACGUCUAAUGUAACCUAACAGCUUAUUUGCGCGACACGACUGCUCAAACACUUGUUUGCUCCAUGUGAGGUCGUUAGCGACAAAGACUCCUAAGUCACGCUCGGUGACCACUGACUCUAGAACUUUCCCUUUGGCUUCAGUUUCCUGGAUAUUCUCUGAGCCUUGCAUUUUGUCUCGUUAAAAGUAAGACCGGAGUCUUUUGACCAAGCGUCGAGUCGAUUCAGAUCCGACUGGAGAGACACAACAUCAGCAGCAGACUUGACCUCUUUCAAGAGGUCUUUGUGUCGUGGGCAAACAUAGCGAUGUUACUCUGCUCUACCACAUCCGGAAUUUCCAAGGUUCGUUUGAUGGGAGGACCUCCUCUAGCACCGGCGGUAAAUGAAUCCGGCCACAACUGAUAUCUCCACGAAACUUUCCAUUGUGAGAGAUUGUUUUUGUUUUACGUUCAUUUAAAUUAUUAUACCUUGGACUUCUGUCUAUACCGUAUUUACUCGAUAAAAUGCCGUCAUCGAUGAUUACAAUCAAGACUGGUCAAGCGUACCCCAGAAUUUCAUUAGUGAAGAGAUUAUUUGAAAAAUGAAUCUGUUAAUCGUUGCCGCAACCAGCCUCGAAUUCAAAUCUGUUUCCCUACAUGCGCAUAAUGAACAAUGAUUUUUUCAAGAUAACUCCUCUGUAUUCGCGUUUGCGGCAUUAAAGCAGGAAUAAUGGAAUCCGGAAUCCGGAAUCCGGAUCCUUAACUGGAAUCCGGAGUUGGUGCCUGUUCUGUGAAAUCCAUGGCACUGGCGGAAACUCUCUGUAUUCGAUCAGAUUGAAAAGCUUUAAAUGGAUAAAAUUGCUUUAAGGACGUUUACAUCAAUUUCAAGAAAACCGACUUGGGAAAAAUUUCAUAACUACCUCGCGUGUGAUUUUACUGCUCAUUAAGUAUGCAGGAGUGCAGAAAUUGAAACUGAAAUUCACAGCCAAAGGCCGAUUUAAAAGCUUCCAAUAAUGAAAUUAUUAAUGCAAUCUUUGGUGGGGAGGGGAUGGUAGUACUCUUUACUGUAACUCCGUAGAUGGAAAACUAUCCUAUAAUACGGCUCCAAUUCAGAACAAUCAAUCAACGCUGUGUAGAGAGCAAUCAAUCCAUAAACGCCGCGGCGGCGUUUAUUCAAAGAUUAUGCGUAAAGCACUUGGGACAACUUAAUCUGCAUCAUCCAGACAAUAACUACUCCAUCUCAGCAAAAAAGGGACACGUUGGAACUUAAAAAAUCUUUCUGCUUUACAAAUGUUUCUAAAUAAAUUUUCCUAAUUGUUAUCAGUAAUUGUGAAUUUUUACAUAUAUGUAAAAUCCAGUAAUUUUUAAUAUCGGAUACUCUAGAAAUGUUUAUAUAAACAGUUGGGGGGUUUAAUCGAAUAAAGAUGGUAUAUAUUUUUCAAUUAAAACAAAUAUUUCUGCCAGUUUGGACCAUCUUGAACGCGAUGGGAACUGGGAAUGAGGGUUUCAGGAAGAAACAAAGGAGCAUGGGAAGACAUGGGAAAGUCGCCAUCUUUGCUCAAGCGACGUUCACAGAUGAUGACAUUGAGAGGUACGUGUGUUAGUUGUAUGUUUUACGAUCCGGAUAUGUAAUUGAAAUAAUAUACUUUAAUGGGGAGAAAUGAGACAUUUUUUGCCAAGCUGUAUUACCAGCUCAAAAGCAAAGGAUGAUAACAGUAAAGCGUAAGCUAGUGUUUAGGUUGCGUUGACAUCGAUUUAAUAUAAUAUUUAUUUAAAACGCACAAGAAACUGUUAGGUGUAAAAAGCAAACUUUGAGGUAAAAAGGAAACGUGAAAAAAUAUCAAGUUUGCUUUAGAUUCAAAGGUGUCUUAAGUUAUUUGUGUCAUGUUGAUGUUUUGUAACUCUUAUUAUUUAUGCAUCAGUCAAUUCCAGCUGCGCCCAGCCCCCCCGGCUACUGAGGGGCAUUUGCCCGCCUUGUCAGUCCCGGGGGUGGGGCAUUUGCAAAUCUUGCACUGCCUGGGGGCCGGGCAUUUGCCAACCCCGGGGCCAUUCCCGAGCUUUUGACACGCACGCAGUUUCCUAUCAGAAAAUAACUACACAGAAGGUUUUACUGGAAAAAAUGCAGAUUGGCUCAUGUGUCAAGGACAGGAAUAAAUUGAAGAGGGUUGUAAAGGCAUAUGAUGAUAGCAUUGAGAGGUACGUGUAUUUAAUAGUUGUACAUUUUACGAACCGGAUACACAAUUGAACUACAGUGAAACCUCUAUUAAGCGGACACCUUCGGGACCUUCACAAGUGUCCGCUUUAAAGAGGUUUGUAGAAACGAUUAACAUUCAACGGUUAUUCUGUACUGUGAUUAUAACUUUGUUUGUAAGUGCAAAAACAUAACAGAAAUCAUCAACGAUAAUAAGCUAAAAUACGCGGGGUGCAUCGAUUUAUCUUUAUUAAUCGACUACUGUAGGUAUUUGAAGGACGUAAUCUAAUACUACUGUGAUUGUCGAUUUAGCCUGGUGUCCACUUAAUAGACGUUUUUAACAAUAGAAAUUAGCCCAAUACAAUAAUUAUUUCAGUGUCCGCGUCCGCUUGAUUAUAAUAGAGGUGUCCGCUGAAUAAUUUUUGGAACCCGGCUUAGUGUCCACUUAAUAGAGGGUGUCCGCUUAAUUGGGGGUUCACUUAAUUAAUAAUAGAGGUUUAAUUUUAACUGUAACAUACUUUUAUGUCGAGAAAUCAGACAUCUUUCGCAAUCUUGCCAAGCUGUAUUAUCAGUGCAAAAAAAAAGGAUGAAUUGAUAACAGUAAAGGGUAAGCUCGCGUUUAGGUUCCACUGACAUCGAUUUAAUUUAAGCUUAAUUUAUUUAAACCGCACAAGAAACUGUUAAGUGUAGAAAGCAAACUUUGAAGACAAAAAGGAAAUGUAAAAAAAUAUUAAGUUUGCUUAAAAUUCAAUGCUGUCUUAACUUAUUUGUGUCAUGUUGAUGUUAUGUAACUCUUAUUUUUUCUGUGAGUGAUGUCACCCUGGCGUGCUUCUUUAUAUUUCAUUUGCGGUUAUGGACUCAUUACAUCUGAUCUAAAUUCUACAUGUAUCUGGAGCAGAAGUAUUUUCGUUCUUGAUCUUUUGUUUUUUUUUCGCUGUGGGCAUUCCAUUUAUAAUUUAAUAACCAACCCACCUCCACCAAAAUGGCAAUUACGUUGAUGAGGUUUUUUGACAUAAUUCAUAUUAGGGUUUUUGUGUGGGAAACUUAUUUCGUUAUUACGAUCAUAAGAGCAAUUUUUGAUGCUUUUUGCUUCAUGUAAGACAUUGUAUAAUGUUCUGAGCUGGGUUUGUGAAUAUUAAAUGGCAUGACCCUGUGUAUCAUAUGAAGCAUUUCUUGCACGUCAUCAUAUUUUCUACCAUAUCUUGUAAACACCUUAGUUUCUUCGGUCUUAAAGCAUCAACAUGACAUCUUGGAUAAUUUCACCACCCAUGCUAGCAUGUAUCUUUUUUGUGUUUGUUGAAACAUGCAUAGCAUCAAAUAGACUCUGUGGUCAGUUUUUAAUUAUCAGCUUUUUGUUGCAAACUUCACAGCUUUUUGCACAUUAUGUCAGCCUCGUUGAAUUGUGGUUCUUUUGAUAGGCAUGUUGGGACAGAUUAUUAUUCUAGGGUACCAAAAACAGUUUUGAAAGGUUUUCGAAAUGUAAAAAAAUGUCACGUUUUUACAGGGCUGUCAUUUUAACCUCACUUUUCUUGGUAUAUGCAUUUAAUAGGCGGGAAUUGAACAAACAGGAAGUGUUUUUUGUCUAUUUUCUUGUUCUUAUUAGCUAAGGAAAUACCCGGACCCCAGCUGUUAGCAACAGUGCUGCUUUUAUAGUCUGAAGAUAAAUAUAAUAUGUUUUUGUAGCUAAAAUUUACAAAGCGUUAGUAGCAGUUUUAAUAGCAUAUUUGACUAUUAUAGAAGAAAAUAGUUAAGUGUUUGCACCCACACCCACAGGUAAGAAGGCCUUUAGCCAGGCAGGAAAUCUGAAAGUACAUGAAAGAAUACACACUGGUGAGAAGCCAUUUAAGUGCAAGCAAUGUGACAAGACCUUCAGUCAUGCAGAAAAUCUGAAAGUACAUGAAAAAACACACACUGGUGAAAAACCAUUUAAGUGCAAGCAAUGUAAAAAGUCAUUUAGCCUUGCAGGAAAUCUGAAAAAACAUGAAAAAAUACACACUGGUGAGAAGCCAUUUCAGUGCAAGCAUUGUGACAAGGCGUUUAGCGAGGCUGGAAAUCUGAAAAGACAUAUAAGAAUACACACUUGUGAGAAGCCUUUUAAGUGCAAGCAGUGUAACAAGGCCUUUAGCCAGGCAGGACAUCUGAAAAGACAUGAAAGAAUACAUAGUGGUGAGAAGCCGUUUAAGUGCAAGCAAUGUAACAAGGCCUUUAGCCAGACAGGAGAUCUAAAAGUACAUGAAAGAAUACACACUGGUGAGAAGCCAUUUAAGUGCAAGCAUUGUGUCAAGGCGUUUAGCCAAGCAGGAGAUCUGAAAAGACAUGAAAGAAUACACACUGGUGAGAAGCCUUUUAAGUGCAAGCAAUGUAACAAGGCCUUUAGCCAGGCGGGAAGUCUCAAAGUACAUGAAAGAAGACACACAGGAGAGAAGCCAUUUAAGUGCAAGCAUUGUAACAAGGCCUUUAGCCAGGCAGGAGCUCUAAAAGCACAUGAAAGAACACACAGUUGUGAGAAACCGUUUAAUUGCAAGAAAUGUGACAAGGCGUUUCGCUGGCCACGAUAUGUGAAAGAACACGAACGAAUACACACGGGUGAAAAACCUUUCAAGUGUAAUCAGUGUAACAAGGCCUUUUGUUGGAGGCAAGGUCUUAAAGCACACGAAGAAAGACAUCGUUGUUGGAUUUGUCUUAAGAUGAUUAAGACCAAGCCUCUGCUUUGUCAACAUUAUGAUGACCAUAUGAGGUUACUGGACCUAACGUCGUAGAUUUAAUGAACAUAUUCAACAUGGUGUGACUUAACUUUGUAUAAUGAUUUAUUAAUAUUUCCUUGUAAAUUUAAGCUAAUCAUUUAGCCAGGCAGGAAUUCUAAAAGUACAUGAAAGAAUACACACUGGUGAGAAGCCUUUUAAGUGCAAGCAAUGUAACAAGACCUUUAAGUGCAAAGACAUGAAAGAAUACAUAGUGGUGAGAAGCCGUUUAAGUGCAAGCAAUGUAACAAGGCCUUUAGCCGCGCAGAAAUUCUGAAAGUACAUGAAAGAAGACACACAGGUGAGAAGCCAUGUUCUUCCCAGUUGAUAGCAUGUUAG